UGCUCUGUGGUGGCGGAACACAGGUCGCCUGGACGGUCGACAUUUUGUUAGCUUCUUAGCAAAAUAAACUGUCAAGGGUAGUGUCAGGGCAACUUGGUUGUCCACAGAGUUGCUCCUUGUCGCCUGACAGUUAAAAUCUGUGAAAAUGUGGUAUGAAAUUCUGCCCGGCUUCGCCAUAAUGACCGUGUGUCUGAUCAUUCCCGGCGUCGCCACCGCACAGAUUCACAAGUUCACCAAUGGAGGAAAGGAGAAGAGAAUCGCUCGGGUUCCGUGGCAUUGGUAUCUGAUGGAGAGAGACAAGCGAGUGUCGGGAUCAGGGCAGUACUAUGAGUCCAAGGGACUUGAGAACAUCCACUGAUAACCAGGAAUAUGAAGACCCCGAUGAGAAAAAAAACGUCCUUUGUUGUACAUUAAAAGAUUAUAUUUAACAUUCAACUGUUUGUUUUUUUGAUCUUUUAAGGUAGUUCUCCCUGUUGUCAAUUAAACUGUUCCAUACUGGAAAUCA